AUGGCUGCAAAAAGGAAGAACAAGUGCCCUGCUGAUCAGCCUGAACUUUCAAGUGUGCCUGAAACUAAUGAGGCCACUGUGCCUGAAGCAAAUGUGUCCCCUGAACCUGAAACCCAUGAGGAUGUUGCCCCUGAAGUCAAUGAGGAUGUUGCACCUGCAGCUCAUGAGACUGCUGCACCUGACGCCAAUGAGGAGGCUGCACCUGAAGCAAAUAUGACAACUGCUCCCGAAACACCUGUUGUGCAGCCAGACUCCUCUGAUGUUGCCCCUGCUCCUGUUCCGCCACCAAGGCCUCACACUAUUGAGAAAGCAUACGAUCACGUGCUUCCUGUGCCAGUUGCUUCCCCCGCCCUGACUGCACUCAUCUCGGUCCACGACGGCAAGACGACAUCCCCAGCAAUCAUCUCCGAGGAGCUCUGCCACUUGUUCAGGCCGGACUUGGAUCGGGAGUUCACGGUGGUGUUCCCGGAUGCGGCGAGCCUCCGCUUUGGCACCCACAGCGCCCAGUUGACCUUGGCCCUCAACCAGCUUAAGGUCCGCAUCUCGACGCCCAUUAGCACGUCGCCGAACGGCCUAGUAACCCGGCCACGACCUUCCCUGUGCACGCUGCAUCUAACCUCCCACGAUUCCAUCAUCCUCCUCCCACAGCGCCGCCGACGUCCACCGGCCUCCUCCUACGCACCUUCCGUCGGCCUCCUCCCGCGAAAUCGACGCCGCCCGUCUCCAACGGAGCCACCGGCGGCCUCAUCCCGCGGCCCUCCAGCCGCCCUUUUGCUGCGGCCACGCGCCUACCUCUGCCCCCGGUCUUCUCCGGCGGCCGCGCGCCUUCCUCCUGCCGUUGCCCCGCUGCGCGAUCUCCUCCCGCGGACGCGCCGUUGCCGAUCCCCUACAGGAUCCCGUGCCUCCACCACCCCCAAGAUCCUACACCGUUGGGCGGGAUCUGGCACCCCGCAUCCACGUCCCGGAGAGCCCAAGCACGCCGUCGGACGCGUGCACUCGACACGACACCUCCUGCCUCGCCACGUCGCCGCCUACCCCGUCAUCACUGCAACCACACAUCGCUCCGGCCGGGAUCCACCGCGCAGUCCAACCUCGUCUGUGCGUGCAGUCCUCCCAAUCUGCUCGCUUGACAGCAGAGCAAAAAGUGCUCCCAAAUCUGCAGAAAGAGCUCCUGACUUUUUAUGUCUGAAGUUCAGUUGUACCAUGGAGACGCCGUUCGAAACACUAGCAGGUGACGUGCUAACCAGCUGCAGGUCACAGUCUCCUCGAGUUGCAGGUCGCGCCCUUUACCCAUCAGCAUCGUCACCUGCGCCCUAGUUCAUAUUCUACGGCUGAAUAUUAUCGUAACAGUCUUCUUCAACCCAUUGUUUUUCCUCAAAAGGUUCAGAGUUCUAUUGGGUUAGAAGCCACAGGAGAGCAAUUAAAUUUGUGUUUGCUUUUUAGUAAAUAUUCUAGGGCUGAAUGUUAUGGUAACAGUCUUGUUUGAACCGUGGUUUUUCUUCAGAAGGUUCAGAGUUCUAUUGGGUUAGAAACAUGUACAGUUUGUCAGUUUGUUUCAGGUCGUUUAAAUCUGGAGUUCUGGACUCUCUGAUCUACCUGGUUGCUUCCGCUGGCCGUCGAAGCCUACCGAGGUGGUGCCCCACUACUACCUCUGUCUCCCUGCACCCCUCCUCCACACCACAAGGGCGACAGAGGUAUCAAAGUUGUUGUUGUUGCUCUUCUACCACAUCUUCAGGUUCGGAAAAGUUCAGCUUGGCACGGGACGAAAGUUCAGCUGGUGGAGCCCUGUCAACAACAACGUUUCGCUGUGCGGUGUAGGCUAUGGUGGCAGCACCAUUUUAAUUCUGCGUUUCUCCUACUGCCAACAAAGGAGAAGAACGGCCAGCACCGUGUUACUACUGCUACUGCUUGUUUUUGCAUGCACAGCCAAUUUGGGCGUUACCUGGAACAAGACAUAGCAAGAAAAUUAUGGAGUGAUAGAGAUAAAAGAGUAGUGUGCCUACGUGGUGUGGAUAUGAAACGUGUGGUGUGUGAGAGGACAAGAAAUGUGUGUUACUAUUCAGUGAUAAAAAUAACUUGUGAUUCAGAG